GACAGGCCGUAAACGGGGUCCACAGGCAUGGCGGCGCCCGUGUGUGCGCCAUGGUCUCUGAGCGUCUGAGCAGAAAUAAAGCGCCUCUUCUUCGCCCUGAAGCUCCUUCUCUGGUCUGCUGGGCUGAGGUAAAGGCUGCCGUGGGGUGUGACGAGGGGACACAGCGCUGGGCUCCGCAGGAGAGAUGUUGAAUUCAGAAAGGAGGUGACAUUGGCGGUGACACUGCGCUCCGGCUGGCUGGAGGAGAAACGGGAGUUUUGUCUGUUAGAGAAGGUCCUGCAGGGGUGAGCGGACGGUCAUGGCGCACCUGCACACCUGUAUCACGAAGAUGGCUUUGUGGUCACGACUCGCUUGUCUUGGCUCGGUAAGCCGAGGACGUCGUACUUUGAGCAUCUUCUCCAGCUCUUCUCCCUCAAACUGGACCAAAGUGGUUUCAGAUGCGGAGAAGAUUGUAGGAUAUCCCACAUCAUUCAUGAGCCUCCGCUGCCUGCUCAGCGACGAACUCAGCAACGUGGCCAUGCAUGUGAGGAAGCUGGUCGGGACAAAGCACCCCUUACUGAACACUGCCAGGGGUUUUGUGUAUGACAGUAAACAUAACCUGCAGAUGCGAGGGCUGGUCGUGUUGUUGAUGUCGAAGGCCGCAGGGCCGAGCAGCACAGCGCCUGACGCCCUCCUGCCGGACAUGGUCAGCGGCAUCUACCCCAGUCAGCGUAACCUGGCCGAGAUCACAGAGCUGAUCCACACGGCGUUCCUGGUGCAUCGUGGGAUUGUGAAUCUGAAGGACUGGACGUAUUCAGACGGGCCACUCAAGGACAUGCAGUUUGGGAACAAAAUGGCCGUCCUGAGUGGGGACUUCCUGUUGGCGAACGCCUGCACGGGAUUGGCUCAGCUCAACAACACCAAGGUGGUGGAGCUGAUCUCCAGCGCCAUUGGAGACCUGGUGCAGGGCGUCUACCACGAAAACUCCAGCUCCAUUGAGGAAGGAAAUCUGUCUGUUGCUUUGUGGGAGGACCAGACGUUUCUUUCCCAUGGUGCACUGUUGGCGAAGAGUUGCCAGGCAGCGAUGGAGCUGGCCAGGCAUAACACUGAGGCCCAAACGCUGGCCUACCAAUACGGAAAACACCUCGCUCUCGGACACAAGCUGAAUUCAGACCUGCAGCCGUUUCUGAAGAGCGGUUCUGACCCGACUGUGUUCAGUCUGGACUCGGCUCCUGUAGUGUUUCACCGGCUGAUCGUCGGGCCUGAGCGAUGGCUCCUCCAGUUACAGCAGAGCCAGAAUACGACAAAACAGACUGAUUACUCAAAGCUCCGGCGUCUGAUCAAAACGGAGCAAGGUGUGAGUCAAGCGGCUGACCUCUGCAGUUACCACGGCAACAAAGCCCUGGAAGCCAUCCGCCUUUUCCCGCCGUCUAAGGCUCGAUCAGCUCUGGAGAACAUCGCCAGAGCCGUCAUGAAAUUGUGAAAUCUCCAGCACUGGAACCCGAAUAUGGAACCAGAACUUUCACGUCGGGUUCAGCCGAUCACCGCGUUUCAGACUUAUCCAGGCUCCGCCCAUAAAGGCGUUCUUUCAUAGCUACUGUUAAGAGGUUGUACAAGCUUUACAGAACGUGAUCAAAAACCUCAUUCAACUUAAUAAGAAACUGGAGCACACAACACGUUUCUGUCUUCAUUAAACAAUUAAUAAUUAAUAGUAAUGUUAACAAGUAUGUGUAGUUUGUUGUAUAAUGGAGCUAACGUUAGCGUGGUGGCUCCCAACCUGCCUAGUUUCAGUUAGCUACAACACACACACACCAGCUCUUUAGUAUAGAAUUUUAAACUGGAGACUGAAAAGUUCAUCAGACUUUAAAUCUGAUUAUGUUUGAUGGGAUUUUUGUCAGCGUUCUGUAAACCUUAGUAACUGAGAAAGAACGCGAGAGGGUGAGCAUGGAUAGAUCAGUUCUGAAUUUUAUACGUUGAACAUUUUAAGAUGUUUUAGGUGCAGUUUGGACUCAUGAGACGGUUCAUGUGAGAUGAAUGUGGAAAUGCUAAUAAGGAUUCACUGUGAUUUUUUGCACCAUCAUUCAGCUGCAGCUGAAUCAAAUGUGGCAUCUGCAGUUAAUAUUUAUGAAGAUCAUUAAGAAAGAGACACACAAACUCAUCAGAUAAAUUCAUCUGCAGAUCAUUGUGAAGUUUCUAUGUGGUUCAAAUUCACACUUUCCAACGACUGAAAUACACGCUCCCUCUGUUUACAGA